AAAACAUUUGCCAUUAUAUAAUGUUUAAUUUCAGUUUGUGACUGAUUGUGGGAAGUAAAGCAGCUCUUUUGACCUACGAUUUUUAAGUGUGAACCAUAGACAUGGAUCAAGAUUACCUUGCAUUUUUUGACAAUAUAUCAAAAUACAAGCAAAAGGAAAGGGAAAAUCGUGCCAAGCUAGAAGUGAUGAGUUAUCUUCGUGAAAUUUCAGGCAGAAAGUACGAUAAGCCAGUUUCCCUGGCAGAUUGGGAUGAUAAGAGCAAUUUGGAACAGGAGAUAGUGGACCAGAUGCGCCACAUUGGAUUCAAGCCAUGGACAGAAAUCGCAGGGCCAGUGCUCCUGGAGGAACCCCUUAAUUCCCAACAGGGUUUACCUGUCUUAAAAAAUUCUAUCGAGCUGAGCACCAAUUAUUUUAAGCCUUAUAAUAAGAAAAACAUCUUGCCGGGAUAUGAAUCUUUUGAUCGUCUGGGAAAUCUAAUUUCCAAAUAAUAAAACUAUAAACCU